CGACAUGAUUGGUGGACGCGGCGGAGGCGCGACGUGAACCCCCCGGGCGCGCGGCUCACCCAUGUGUCGCGCGGGCCCUUCCAUCACGGCGCACGGCGGGAGCGGAGCCGGCGGAGGUGGCCUCCUCCCGCGGUCGGAUCGGACGACUUCCCCGGCGGCGUGUGAUGCAGUGAAGGCAUAGAAGAUGAAAAUACACAAGAAGGACAGACAGCAGAUGUUCAGCGGUCCACUGAAGCACACUGCACCUUCAUCCUCCGCUGCAGCAGCCUCCUCUUCCUCCUCGGACCAAUACAGCACUGCACAAACUACACUACCAACAAUCCCAAGGGGUCAGCUGGUCCUGGGCCCCAAGGACCAGCUCCGCCUCAUCAGCCCUGUGGGUGUCGCCAAGGAAACAACCAACCACUGCACAGCGGCGGUGGCCCAGGUGUCUAAACGCCCAGAGGGAGGAGAGAGGGGCGGAGCUUCUUCCCUGAGUGAGGAUGACGAUGCUGGGGGUGGGGGCAGGGUAAGGAAAAAACGUAAGAAAAAGGAUAAGCGGGAGAAAGGAGGAGGAAAUGAGAGGGAGAGCACCAAACCAAAGAAACGGCGGGAGGAGAGGGCCCCCACCCCCACCAGGAGGGGCAAAGACUCCAAGGAGCCUAAGAAGGCAAAGGAGCAGAAGGAGAGCAGGAGAGAUGGGAAGAGGGCGGGGGAGGUGAAGCCUCCAGCAGCCCCACCCCCUCCCUCUGCCGAACUGCCCGUGAAGGUGCCCGCUAAGAGAGGGAGGAAGCCCAAAGCCAAAGUCCCGCCCCGAAUACCUGCCAGUCAAACAGCGGCCUCAGUGCCCCCGUCGGCCCUGCCUGUUACUGCCAAGGUCCUAGUGCAGACCCGGGGCACCCACAGCCCCCUGGCCCAGGACAAGAACCAGAACCAAGUCAACAGCAAGGCCCUGGCCCCAUCAGCACCCAAACAGAGGGGCCGCAAACCCAGAGAUCCUGGCACGGCACCGGUGGAGAAGAAGAAGAAGGCGAAGAGGAGAGGCAUGGAGCUACCACUUCACGACAGGGCUGAGAGCGAAGACGAGGCCUCCAUAUCGGCCCUCGCCCUGGGGGGGGAGGACAGUCAGGACUCCCUGGACAACACGAAGCGUCGUUCGGGCCGUCAGGUAAAGAGGAGGAAAUAUAAUGAGGAUCUGGACUUCAAGGUGGUGGAUGAUGAUGGAGAAACCAUCGCUGUACUGGGAACUGGCCGGAUUCCAGCUCUCAACGCCACCGCACUGGCAUGGCAGGCCGAGGAGCCACCUGAAGAUGAGGCCAACAUCAUUGAGAAAAUUCUGUCUGUCAGAAUAGUGAAGAAAGAGAGUGCAUCAUCAGAGGACCAAUCGGAGGAAACCGAGGAGUUUUAUGUCAAGUACCGAAACUUUUCCUACCUGCACUGUAAAUGGGCCACUCUGGAAGAGCUGGAGAAAGACCCCAGAAUCCACCAAAAGAUCAAACGCUUCCGGACCAAACAGGCUCAGAUGAAGCACCUUUUCUCUGAACCUGAUGAGGACUUGUUUAAUCCAGACUAUGUUGAGGUUGACCGAGUGUUGGAGGUGGCUGUCACUACUGACACUGAGACAGGAGAGGAAGUGACCCAUUACCUGGUGAAGUGGUGUAGUCUCUCCUAUGAGGAGGCCACAUGGGAGCUUCAGGAGGACCUGGACCCCGGCAAGAUCAAAGAGUUUGAGGAGAUCCAGAAACUUCCUGCGGACCUCAGACACAUCGAGAGACCUCCUCCAGAAAAGUGGCAGAAGUUGGAGCGGUCCAGAGACUACCGUAAUGGGAACCAGCUCAGGGAGUACCAGCUAGAGGGCAUGAACUGGUUACUGUUCAACUGGUACAACAGGAAGAACUGUAUCCUGGCAGAUGAGAUGGGUCUGGGGAAGACCAUUCAGUCCAUCACCUUCCUGUAUGAGAUCUUCAGCAUGGGCAUCCGUGGUCCAUUCCUGAUUAUCGCCCCCCUGUCAACCAUCACCAACUGGGAGAGAGAGUUCCGCACCUGGACCCACAUGAACGUCAUCGUCUACCAUGGCUCUCAGAUCAGCCGACAGAUGAUUCUGCAGUAUGAGAUGUUCUACCGGGACCCACAGGGUAACUCUAUCCCGGGUGUGCUGAAGUUCCAUGGGGUGAUCACCACCUUUGAGAUGAUCAUGGCCGACUGCCCUGAGCUGAAGAAGCUUCACUGGCGCUGUGUAGUCAUCGAUGAAGCCCACCGCCUCAAAAACAGGAACUGUAAACUGUUAGAGGGUCUCAAACUCAUGAACCUGGAACACAAGGUUCUCCUGACUGGAACUCCCCUGCAGAACUCGGUGGAGGAGCUGUUCAGUUUGUUGAAUUUCUUAGAGCCACUGCAGUUUCCCUCCGAGAGCACCUUCCUCGAUGAGUUCGGAGACCUCAAGACUGAAGAACAGGUGAAGAAGCUCCAGGCCAUUCUGAAGCCCAUGAUGUUGAGGAGGCUGAAGGAUGAUGUUGAGAAGAACCUUGCGCCUAAAGAAGAGACCAUCAUAGAGGUGGAGCUAACCAACAUCCAGAAGAAAUACUACCGCGCCAUCCUAGAGAAAAACUUCUCCUUCCUGUCUAAAGGAGCUAAUCAACACAACAUGCCAAACCUCAUCAACACCAUGAUGGAGCUUCGCAAGUGCUGCAAUCAUCCAUAUCUGAUUACAGGAGCUGAAGAGAAGAUUCUGGAAAGCUUUAAGAAGAGCCACAGUCCAGAGGCGUGGGACUUCCAGCUGCAGGCCAUGAUCCAGGCGGCCGGCAAGCUAGUUCUGAUCGACAAGCUGCUCCCCAAGCUGCUGGCCGGCGGACACAAAGUCCUGAUCUUCUCCCAGAUGGUCCGCUGUCUGGACAUCCUGGAGGACUACCUCAUCCAGAGGAGGUACACAUACGAGCGCAUCGAUGGACGCGUGCGGGGGAACCUGCGGCAGGCGGCCAUCGACCGCUUCUGUAAGCCCGACUCGGACCGCUUUGUGUUCCUGCUGUGCACCCGGGCGGGGGGGCUGGGAAUCAACCUGACGGCAGCCGACACCUGCAUAAUCUUCGACUCAGACUGGAACCCUCAGAAUGACCUGCAGGCCCAGGCACGCUGUCACCGGAUUGGCCAGAGCAAAGCCGUGAAGGUCUAUCGGCUGAUCACCAGGAACUCGUAUGAGAGGGAGAUGUUUGACAAAGCCAGUCUGAAGCUGGGAUUGGACAAGGCCGUCCUCCAGGACAUAAACCGCAAAGGAAACAUCAAUGGGGUGCAGCAGCUGACUAAGUUGGAGGUGGAGGACUUGUUGAGGAAAGGAGCAUAUGGAGCUCUGAUGGACGAAGAAGACGAGGGAUCCAAGUUCUGUGAGGAAGACAUCGACCAGAUCCUCCAGAGGCGAACUCAGACCAUCACCAUCCAGUCUGAGGGCAAAGGAUCCACGUUUGCUAAGGCCAGCUUCGUGUCGUCGGGGAACAGAACAGACAUCUCUCUGGACGACCCGAACUUCUGGCAGAAAUGGGCCAAGAUUGCAGAGCUGGAGAUCGACUCCAAAUCAGAGAAGGAGUCCUUGGUCAUCGACACCCCCCGGGUGAGGAAGCAGACUCGUCAUUAUAACUCAUUUGAGGACGACGAGCUGAUGGAGUUCUCCGAGCUGGACAGCGACUCAGAGGAACGCCCCUGUCGCACUCGACGGCUGGGCGAGCGAACCCGCCGCUACCUGCGCGCCGAGUGCUUCCGGGUGGAGAAGAACCUGCUCAUAUUCGGCUGGGGUCGAUGGAAGGACAUCUUGAAUCACGGUCGCUUCAAAUGGCAUCUGACUGAGAGAGACAUGGAGAUGGUCUGCCGGGCUCUGUUGGUCUACUGCCUCAGACACUACAAAGGCGACGACAAGAUCAAGAGCUUCAUCUGGGACCUCAUCACACCUAGCAAGGAAGGCCAGGACCAGGCACUGGUCAACCACUCCGGUUUAUCAGUUCCGGUCCCACGUGGUCGGAAGGGGAAGAAGUUGAAGAACCAACUGAAUGUUCCAGAAGUGAAGAACGCCGACUGGCUCGUCCACUGUAACCCGGAGGUGGUUCUCCAGGACGAAAGCUACAAGAAACACCUCAAACAGCACUGCAACAAGGUGUUGCUGCGGGUGCGGAUGUUGUACUACCUGAAGGUGGAGGUCUUGGGCGAGGCUGCCAACCAGGCUGUAGAGGGGCUACCUGCAAGUAAACUGGAAGUGUCCUUACCAGACAUCGACUACAUAGAGAUUCCUGCUUCCUGGUGGGAUGCUGACGCCGACAAGUCUCUGCUCAUAGGAGUCCACAAGCAUGGGUAUGAGCGGUACAAUGCUAUGCGUGCAGACCCAGACCUUUGCUUCCUCGAGCGAGUGGGCAUGCCCGAUGUCACCGCACUGUCAGCCGAACAGGGAGGAGGGGAGACGGGCUUGGACAUCACUGACGGUGUGUGUAAGGGUGAGGAGCCGAAGGAGGAGGUGGACAUCAAACCUGAUGGAAGAGAAGAGAGAGACGAGAGUAGUAAGGAGGAGACUGAGGAGACCGACGCCUCAGACAAGCCAGACAGCACAGGUCCAGACUCCCAGAUGUCGGGUGAUCUGUGCACCCAGGACGGAAUGCUGGUCACCACCACGACGGCAGCGCCAAUGACUGGUACAGGAAGUGGUGUGGCAGAGCUCCACCUGGUCCAAGGCCGGCCCCUCUGGCCCGCAGGCCCCGCCUUGACGGCCCGCCUACGCCGGCUGAUCACCGCCUACCAGCGCUUUACUCUGCGCCGUGAGCCAUUACUGCGGCACGACUUCCUGCUUCACGACGGGCUGGUUGGCGUGGGGAUGAGCGGCGGCGGGGCCGCUCACAGCCACCACAGCAGUGGGCCGUUGGCAUGGCAACUGGGAGAGGAGCUGAGGCGAUGUUCAGUGGUCGCCACGGAGCCUGACCCGCUCUUCCUGGAGUGGCAGACAAGGUGGACUCGGCGGGAGCAGGCGGACUUCUACCGCACGGUGUCGUCGUUCGGUGUGGUGUACGACUCGGAGAGGAAGGCUUUCGACUGGGCCCAGUUCAGAGCGCUGGCCCGGCUGGAAAGGAAGACGGACCAGAGCCUGGAGAGAUACUUCAGCUCCUUCGUCAACAUGUGCAGGACGGCCUGCCGGCUGCCCCCGAGGAAGGACGAGGGGUUAGUGGACCCUGGCGUGUUUGUUGAGCCCCUGACUGAGGAAAGAGCAGCCAGGACUCUGUACCGGAUCGAGCUGCUCCGCAAGAUCCGAGAACAGGUCCUCCGUCACCCCCUGCUGUCGGCUCGCCUCCAGCUGUGCCGCCCCUCCCUCUACCUCCCUGUCUGGUGGGAAUGUGGCAAACACGACCGCGACCUGCUGAUCGGGGCCGCACGCCACGGCUUGAGCCGCACCGAUUACUACAUCCUGAACGAUCCCCAGCUGAGCUUCCUGGAGGCUCACAGGAACUACGUCCAGAAGGAGAACCAGGCAGUGGCAGCAGGGGGCGGGGGCUUUGCUGCACAUCUUCAUCCUCUGUCUCAUCAUCACCCUUCUCACCACCCAGUGGUGACCCACCCUGCUGUCUCCUCUUCGGCUUCUUCAUCCUCCCAUCCUCAGCUGCUCCCCCCUCACUGCUGUCUGUUUGACUCCGGGCUUCAGUGUCAGUCCCCUCAGCCCCCUGAAUACCCCCACCCCUCUUCUCACCACCACCACCAGCACCAAGCCCAUCCACACCACGCCCCUCCCCCAGCACCCUCACCUUCUUCAUCCUCCUCCGUCCACCCUCACCUCCACCCAACACCUCCAGAGUUGGGGCCCCAAGGCUCGGCCUCCCCGAGCCUUGGGAUGGUGCCCGGGUCUCAGGGAGACUUCUUGGACUCGCCCCCUCUGGAUGAGAGCCUGGACCUGGGGUCUCUGCAUGGAGGUAAGGCCUCCAAAGAUGCCCUCAACGGCUUCCCCUUCAACUCGGCCGCAGGAGGACAAAGUAUGUUGAACUCUUAUGGCGUCGGUGGGGUGGACCUGGACUCCAAGCUGAGGAGCGACGUGCUGGUCGGGGAGCAGGGCUCAUCAGAGGAGACCGGGCUCAUGGCGCCAUCUGUGGAACUGGACCAGCUCCAGGCUCCCUGGGAUAGUGCGGACCACUCCAGUCCAGCUGACCACAUGUUCAACGAGGCAGACCCUAUCUUGGGGCCGCCUGCCCUGGAGACCGGCUUCCUGGAGGAGGACGAUGAGGAGACGCAAGGGGGGGACACUGGAGGGGAGGAAGGGGGAACCCUGGAGGAGUGCCUGGGCCUUCCCCCGUCCUCCUCACCCUCUCACCCCUCUGGAGGAGACCCCGUGGAGCCCCUGUCAUCCAGUUACAUGCUGUUCAAGGACAUUGGCGUGAGUGAGGAGCCCAGCGCCCAUCACAGUGACCUAUCGGCAAGCCCCCCUCCGCCUUAUGUCCCUCCCCCUCCCUUGACCCUCUCUGUGAUCACCACCCACGAUCCCCAGGACAGGCUGGGCGACUCAGAUGUCACAGACAGCCUGGCCAAUCCCGAGGAGCAGGAAGGAGGUGCGCAGGCAGGAAGUGCAGGAUUUGAGUUUGGGGACAAGGAGGAAGAGAAGGUGGAGCAGUUAUCGACGGAGAGCGUAAAUGAGAACUUUGAAAGGAAAAGGGAAGAGGUUCAAGGAGAAGAGGAGUAUGGUAUCAAACAAAGUGUGGACCAAGGCUUAGGGCUGCUUCAACAACAUAUGGAUGGGACAGGAAUGCAUGGGAUACAGUCAGAAGGUGGUUUGGGAGAACAAGGUGAAGGAAUGGAGGUCUCAAGCCAAUGUCCAGAUCAAGGAGAGCUUCAGGAGGACUUGCCCCAAGAACCUCCAUACAUGGAGAAGCUUGAGCAGGUGGGCACCUUUCAAUGUCCUGAAGACACGGAAGAGAUGAGGAAAAAAGUUGAUGGGUUGAUUUUGUGUCAGGGUGUUGAGGAAAAUAUGGAGAACUCUGUUGAGGUGGAAGCUUUGAAAGAAAGCCUUGAAGCAACAAAUGAAGAUAUUUCCAGUAUGGGAGGAAUUCCAGAACAUUCCAGAGAAGAUAUUCCAGUGGAGUAUUUGGAAGCAGCCGAGCCGGUGAACAUGGGUUCAGGAGGACACAUGGUCCAUGGUUCUUUUGUAGAUGUUCCUGUAGCAGAGUCCUGUGAGGAAACUGCAAAAGUGAGUGUGGAACACUUGGAGCGCGAACCACAGGAAAUGGAAUUGGGGAGUGUUUGUGCAGAACAAACACACCCCUCCUUGACCUCCACCUCGCCUCCUACAGUUUCUUCCCAAUCUGGUGAAUCCAUCACAAAGAGCGAAUGUGGAGUUGGCAUCAAAGUAGAGUUCUGCAUUGAUCAGGAUAGUUGUGAGGGCAAAGUAGAAGAUGGUAACUUCUCUGACAACAGUGGCAACUCAAGGCAGGAAUCCUCAGCAUUCUCUCUUGACCCAGAGAGCAAAGGAACUGCAGGUGAAGAAAUUAGUGACAGGAAACCAGGUCAGAUUGGAUUUGAUAUGAACGCACCCACACCCAAUAUAGACACCAAGCCUGAUGACAGGAAGUUAUCUCUUUUGCUAAACAACUGUGAUGAAAUCAAACCAGAUCCACUGGAGCUACCAAUUAAGACAGAAGAGACAAAGACGGAGGCUGUGGAGGAGCCAUUACCUGUAUACCCUGACAACUUUGACAUCAAACCCACAAACCUUCUCGGAUAUGCUGUCAAGCCAGAGAGACUGACAAUGAAAACUGAGCAAAUGGACUACGCUGUAAAACCAGAAAUGGUGGAGACCAAGUCUGAAGAUCUAACUUAUCCCAUAAAGCCUGAGAGUUUGAGCAGCACACCAAAAGAUCUGCAAUUUGCGGCCUUUUCAGAUGGCUCAGAGAUCAAACCUGAAGCCAAACCAGAGGGUCUCGCAUUCGCUGCCUACCCCAGUGUUUCUGAGGUCAAGCCUGAGACAAAACAGGAGGACUUGGGGCCGGAGGCCUAUCCAGACAGUUCUGAUAUCAAACCUGAGACCAAACCAGAAGGUCUGGGGUUUGCGACCUAUCCUGAUCUCAAAGUGGAGACUAAGCAGGAGCUUCUGGAGGCAGACAGCACUGUGCUCACCCCAAAGCUGGAGCAAGCUGAUGGGCCGCCGGAGACCACAGAGAGCCUGGAGAUCAAAGGGCAGGUGAAGGAGGAGAGACACAAAACACCAGUACCAGUGGUGGAGGUCUACUCUGGCAGCCCUCGGUUUGCAGCCCCAAUGUCCAUGUGUGACCUUCCUGACAGCCUGCAGGACAGCAGAGAGCCAACCAUCGCUCAGCUACUGCAGGAGAAAGCCCUCUACUCUUUCUCAGAGUGGCCUAAGGACCGGGUGAUCAUCAACCGGUUAGACAGUAUCUGCCACGCCAUCCUGAAGGGGAAGUGGCCUUCGUCAAGUCAGCAGUACGAGUCGCCCAGCUCCCUGGCAGCGAACCCCUGCCUGGCCAACAGCCUCGCCCAGCACCACCACCACCACCGAGCGAGCUUCCUCCCUACGACCGGCUCCGUUCCAGGCCAGGCCCGGCUGCCGCAGCCAAACCCUGGACUGGCCUUUUCCAUCCCUCCCCCUCUUACUAGACUGCCCAAGUACAAGCUGCGGGGCGGGGCAUGCGGGCGCGGAGCCUGGCGCCUCACCUCCUUGCCUCUCUUACAGGAGAGGCUGGUCGCUCCUCCUUUCCUGCCUGAGCUCAAGCGAGCCGGAGGUCGGAGACCGUACGACUUCGAGGUGGCAGCAACCGCUGAGGUAUUAGCCGGUAAAACCACUCCGUCCUGCCAUGCUGCCGGCAGCCCCAUUGGGGAGAAAGUGCCAGUGGUGGCUCCACCCUCUCACCGCAGUGGGGCCAUGGUGAUGAAUGGUUGGCAGGACACGGCCAUUGAUCUCACCAAACCACCGGGGGAGAUGACCUCUGCCACGGGCAUAGCGUCAGCUGAGGCUGUGGUUGCUCCGGGAAUUGGCGGGCAUCACCAGGCCCAUCAUGGGACAGGAGGUGCAGGGGGGGGUCACAAACUGCCACCACCUCCUCCGAUCACAGCACCUUUGCCAGGCUCUGUGGGGAUCGACAUGGCGGGGAUCCUCCAGGCGGGGCUUAUCCACCCAGUAACGGGCCAGAUUGUCAAUGGAAGCCUGCGAGGCGACGACUCGCUGAGGAGGAGGCGAGGAAGGCGGAGAAACGUGGAGGCUCUGUACUCUGAGUUUGCCAAGAGUAGAGGGCUUCAUCUCCCAGAAACACAGGCAAGAGUGGAGCUGAUCAGCCAAUCCUCCGUCUCCUCCUCUACCUCCUCUCCGUCCCCCUCGCCGUCGGAGCGACCGCCGGUUCCCACCACGCCCUCCUCCUCCUCCUCAACGCCCACCCCCACCCAGACGCCCCCCCAACCUGAGAUUGUGGCCGUGGACAGAGAAUCAUCCAACAAAGGUCUGAUGGAGUGGCUGAGACAGAACCCGGGCUACACCAUGGACCUACCGGCCUACGCCCAUGCAGGGGCAGGUCUUCUGCAGGGUUUUGUUGAGCGUCCCAAGCAGAGGAGGCAUCGAUGUAAAGAUCCCACCAAGCUGGACAUCAACUCUCUGACCGGGGAGGAGAGAGUCCCCGUGGUUCACAGAGGCACCGGCCGCCGGCUUGGGGGCGCUAUGGCUCCAGCCAUCAAGGAGCUAUCGCGGUGGCUGGAUGCUAACUCAGAGUACUACGUUGCUCCGGACUGGGCCAAUGUCGUCAAACACUCUGGUUUCCUCCCAGAGGGGAAGUUCUCCCGGAUCCUUACAGAACCCGUCAACAGAGACCCAGGAUCCAGGCGCCGCGGGCGACGCCCUCGCAGUGAGAUGCCCAAGCCUCUCCUCUCGGUUUCCGAUUCAUCACCAUCAGGCCUCGGCCCUCCCCUCUUCAUGAAUGGCGGUUUGAUUGGCAGUAUGGACUCCAUGGUGGCCAUGCAGAACCUCCGUGCUGGGAUUCCGGGUAUCCCUAUCUCGGGAAUCAUGGCAGCUGGCUUUCCGCACGGCUUCCCAGGGGCGGUGCCCACUGGAGGUGGGGCUGGGACAUCGGGGGAGGAUGCCAAGAACAGCCUGAGCAUGUUACCCAUGAUGCUCCAUGGAAUCCCACACCCGCACGGUGCUGCCAUAUCGCAGCAUGCCAUGUUCAGUGUGGGCACAAUGAUGUCACACACGCCCCCGCCUCCUCACCCCACCUCCUCUUCUUCUUCCUCCUCGUCCUCCUCAGCUCCUGCUACGGUUACAACAUCACUAUCGGAAACGGCAAGCCCCUCAUCCUCUUCUCGUAGCAUCGCUUCUACAGCCGAGAGAGAAAGUGCCUCCUCUGGUCCAGGAGGAGGGGAAAAGGAGAGAAGACAGGAGGAGAAGGUGGAAGGAGGAGCUGAGUCUCCCGCCAUUGUCACCUCCACCAGUGGGGCCCACCUGGGCUCUGGGGCCGGCAGCCAUCUUACCUUCAAUCCCUUCCUGAUCCCCGGCGUCUCCCACGGUCUGCUCUACCCCCACAUGUUCCUGCCACACGGCAGCAUUAUGGCGCUCCCCGCCAUGCCCCCUGGUACAGGCGACUCCUCCCCGGGGAGUCCCAGGAGGAGGCGGAAGAGGGUGAAGGAGGAAGGAGAGAGAGAGGAGGAGAGGGAGAGGGCAGGAGAGGGGAGAGACAGCGGACAUCACCAGACUACUCCCUCCACCUCCUUGGCAUCCAGGCCAUUCCUCUCAGCUCCUUACCCAGACACAGCUCCACCUCCAAGCCCCCCCGCCGGACCCGUACCCGCCGUGGACGCUCAGAUAGGGCUAACGGAAGCAGAGCGAGAGGUCGGGCCAACAGAACCACAGGAGCUAGACUCCCCGCACCAGGCCGAAGGAGCGGCUAGGCCGGAGCUAAGCGGAGAAGGAAGACAGACAACGGAGGAGCAGAAAGAAGCAACUGAAGAGGAGAGACAGAUAGAAGGGGAGGAAGGGUAGAGAGAAGGAGGAGGAGACGGUGUAAAAUUUGUGCUCUGUGUGUCCGUCAGUGUUCCUGUAAAGACUUUUAUUAUGAUGGUGACUAAUGCUAACAGUUAUAUUCCACUGCGUCAUGUUUCUAUACCCUGGCCCAACAUCCUCUCCCUCUUCUGCCCUCUCUCUCUCUGCAUCCGGACUGAGACGGGAAGGACACCUCGCAAUAGAAACGCACCCACGUACACAUGCACACAGAUUGUGCUAACAGGUGGCUUUGACAGUAAUCUAUGAGCAUUGCAUUGUUGGUUGAAGCCUCGUGUGAUCCGGGCAAGCCUGUCACAGAGCUGCUUGUCCGAAAGGAUUCAGAUGUAAAGCGUUUGGCGUUUUGAAGAUGGGUUGGCAGAUAGCUGGAGUGACACGAUGCGGUGAUACAACUCUGUAAAAGCACUCUGAAUUUCCCCUGGUUUAUGAUUUGGAGGUGAACAGAUAUCUAGUAGGGUUAAGUACCAGACGUACAAGGAUACAGCUGAGAACAACUCAUUUAUCCACGCGUUGUAUUUGCACACUCCACCAAACUGUUUGGUUUUCUUUGGCUUUGUGCAGUAUUCAGGUCUACAGGCUAGACUGACCUAGAGGUUAGUGUCAAUGAAAAUGUGAGGAUAAGAAAAGUUGAACUGAAAUACAAACUGUUGAAAACACUCCUAGACCCUGGUUACACUUGGUUUUAAAUGUAUUUUUUGCGAUCGGAUCACAAGUGGAUGGCGCUAAACACAAGUGUAAACCACCACCGAAACGUUUUGUGAGCCGGUUACUCAAACCACUUGCCAAGGUGGUCUGGGACGCAUUUGACCACAUCUCUUUUGUAGUGUAAACACUAAUGUGUCCUGAUGCGUCCCCGACAAGGAUGUAACAGGAAAUCUUCUUCUUCGUCGGAGUAACGACAUCUGAUCACAAGUGGUCAGCGGGGCGAAUUUGGAGACGCAUGAUAGACACGGGUGUAAACGGUGGCGUGUCUCACUUGUCAUCCGAUCGCCCAAAACAGGUUUUAAAACCAAGUGUAAACAGGGUCCUAGAUAUUGCAAAAAAAAGGUUUCGCACUCGCCAAAAGCUACAUUCCUGAAGAUUUAAAUGCAAACAACUGUCCGUUAUACCGCCUCCUGUUGCAUCUAUAGUGUAGCUACAAGUGUCCACAUCCUGUGGACUAUAGCAGUAUGUAAUGUGGAUGGUUGCUGUCUGGUUGGAAUUUGCCGGGAAAAAAUGAUCGGAUGCGUAGUGUUUUCCAUCUCCACCAUAGCAGCCAAAUGAGGGAGAAGUGGUGUAGAAACAGGUAGUGUUCGAGUCUGAAGAAGAAGAGAAGUUGUGUCUAACCAGCAGAUGUGAUGGAACAAGCUGGGAGCAGACCUUUGCCAACACGUAGUUCUACAUCACUAAGUCGGAUGGUCCGCUGUGGCGACCCCUAACGGGAGCAGCCGAAAGUAGUAGUAGUAGUUCUACAUCACUAAGUAAACCGUUUUUUCGUUUGGCGUUUGGGGAAGGUGCUGACACAACAACACUGCUGACUCGUUCAUUUUGAACGGAGCGCUGAAAAUAGAAAGACACGAUCUUCGGGACUGUAGCUUUAAGGUGGAGGAGUUCACAGGGAUGGCGAUUUGUGGUAUCUGGGUUGUCCGUUUCUCCGGUGCCAGGCAGAUCUGCUCAGCCCUUUUGUUUUUCUCUUGGAGGUUUUUGGUGACAUCCUCCUGCACUCACUGGGAUUGUUUUAUGGCUUAAAAACCAGCUACUGGAAACGCACAUCACUCACAAUUUGAUUUAUUUAACUUUCCACAAGCUCGCUUUGAAUUCUCUUAAAGUUUGGAUAGGGAGACGACUGACACAAGAUGGUGGUUUCUCCUGCAAACGUUGUACAACUGCCCGGUCAAGAAGCAGAGCAGCGGAGUAGACCCAUCCUCGAACAGAUAAUCAGCAGAGUUGUUUGAUUAGGCUUAAAAGUUGUCCGUCUUUGAAAAAAACAGGUCAAAUAAAAUACUUGAAGUGUCGCAAAUGUUACAUAAAAUUUUUUUUGAAAUUCCUAAAUCAAAGAUGGACAACCAAUCAGAUAAAGGUCAUACAGUGGCUCACUGAGCUGUGUAAAUAGCUACACUUCCUGGCUGUUGUCUACAUUCUAGAUGUGUGUUUAAAUCCCUGAUUUGCCUUCGCUCUUCGCCAGACAGUUUGGACAGGGUUAAAAAUCAAGCACACGAGUCGGUGUGUAAAAUGUAGAAGUUUUAAAAGGACUUCUGAGGUAGGACUGUAUCAGUGUGAGACACGAGUAAGGUUAGAAAAUCAUACGUACAGCUUCUUAAAUUCCACAUGGCUGUGUUUUGGUUACACGGUUAUUUUAAUUAUUAUUAUUAUUAACAUCAGUGCUGUGUCGUUGAUGCUAUAGGAACUCUGUAAAGGAAAGCUGAAUUAAAUUAAAUUCAUUGUCCUGCAUCUUACAUCCUGAAAGAACUUAAAAUCCUGACUUUAAAGAAAAGGUUGAGAACAUCAAAUAUUCAAAAUAGAACAAACAAAUAUUAAUUUGGUGCUUACAAUGUGAAAAGCAGAGAACAAUCCCUAGAUGAAAUACUUUUAUUUUGAAAUGCCACCUUAUGUAAUAUUUUUUUUAACAUUUUUUUUUAUUAUUUUAUUUUUAUCUUUGCUUUUCAGACACAAAGUCACUUUUAGAGGUGCCCUCUCUCGCUUGGUGUUCGGGCCUAGUCAGGAAAACCGGCCUGGCAGAAAGACGAGGGCUCGGCCUCGAGGUCAUCUGGGGCCAUGCUGGGGCUGCAGUGAAUCGGUGCCAUAGGACCCUGUCCGACAAGCGCUAGAAUGAGGGGUAGCAAGCUAGGAGGAAGAGAAGAAGAAGAGGUUUUUGUCUUUUGUGACUCUUCACAGGCAGCCAUUUUGAGUCCCAAGUUAAAGGGAUAUUUUGGUUCCUGGCGUUUUUACUGUUUUGCUGACAGUCGGACAAACAUGCGGAUGCCUUUCUGAUGUCUGUGUGCAGUUUGGAGACAUGCUGAGUGGUGACUUUAUUCUACCAGGCUCAUGAGCAGCUCCUCUCAGAGGAAGGACGAUACACCUACAAACGUCACCAGAGGUGGACGGCUGGGAUAACAAAACUAAAUAUAAUUUGUAUAUUAAUAACGCUGCCAGUUUCCCUUUAAACAAAGACAUGAGAAUGUAUGUCUCCCAAAACACGUACUCAUCUUGGCCGAACUGGCAUGACUUUAUUUUUAGGAUUUUGCAUGUUCUUGUGAAAGUGUUGCUUAAAGAAAACAUAUGAACGCUAAGGUAACGAGUAGAAAGUAUUCGGCUUCAGAAAAGGUACAUUUCCAUUCUUUUGGGCGGCGCGGUGGCCCAGUGGUUCGUGCCGUUGCCUCACAGCAACAAGGUCCUGGGUUCGAACCCCGGGUUGUCCCAGGUCCUUUCUGUGUGGAGUUUGCGUGUCCUCCCCGUGUCUGUGUGGGUUUCCUCCGGGUGCUCCGGUUUCCCUCCCACCAUCAUGUAGACAUGCGUGUUAGGGUUAAUACUCCUGCCUUUGCCCCUGAGCAAGGCAAUGGAAAGAAGAACUGGAGUUGGUCCCCGGGCGCUGCAGCUGCCCACUGCUCCUAUACAAGUGCUUUCAUUCCUUCAUUUCGUUUUGAGAGGGGCUGCUCGUGAUCCUGCUGGACAUCCAGCAGGUGAGCUAAGCGAGACUGAAGUCAGCGUUCAGCGGGCCUCCACACUGCACACAGACAUGCUAACACAGGCAGCCACGACGUCGUCGGCUCUCUGCAAGUAGGACACAGUAAAAACUGCAGAAAACAAACUGUUCCUCAUGUAAGAUGGCUGCCGUGAGACGACCCCGGCCAUGACCUGCAAGCAUCGCAGUCCUCUCCUCGCUUUUCUUUUCAGGGUGGAGUUUUGUGUGAGAAGAAAAAAAAAAGAUGAUCUGUCCAUUCUCAGCUAUCUGUCCAGUCAAAGAGAAGUCUUUUUCAAAGUGAAGACCAGAAGGUCCCGAGAGGGUGUGGACCAGGCAGGCUUAGAGCCUCCCCGUCGCUCCUCAUCUCCUUUCUGUUUCUCAGAUCCCUUUUAAUAACCUGUAGAAUAGCAGCCCCUUCUAAGAGUUUCUAAAUAUGUAAAUCUAUGGCUGUAUAUUGCUGUUUCUCUUGUUUACAAGUCCACUAUGUAUUUUUGCCCCUCAACUUUUAGUUCUUCACCGGUAGAUUACUUGACAUGAGAGGGGACGGGGCAGGCGAGGGAUUUUGGUGUUACCACCGGUCCCAGUGUUUCCCUUAUCAAACAGACUUAACUAUAAUGUAAAUGAAAUGGAUGCAGAACGCUGGUUCUAUUCAGUCUUUCACAACAGGGUCUGUAUGGGAGGGUUUACUUUUUGCUCAUAAAGAUGUUGAAUUUCACUUUUUCUUUUGUUUUCCGUUAUGAAAACAUUAUUUUUGCACAGUGUCUUUUGGUGAAUGUUUACCUGUUCAUGUAUCGUCCUUUCUUUCCUUUUCACCCGUGUGUGUGUGUGUGUGUGUGUGUGUGUGCGUGCGUGUGUACGUGUGCAUGCAUGCGCACACCUGCACACCACAACAGCCCCUUCUGUUCUUAACGUGGAAGUGUAUUUCUCUCGGUCUUGCCCUUCAAGGUCACCUCUUCUCAUUGAAAAGACAUUAUUAGUGUCGUUGCCUUGUCACAACUUUGUGGCUGCUUAUAAUUUAUUGUAUUAUUUUUCUUUUGCUUUGCCAAAUUUUCACCAAAAAUGACAUUGUUUUUUUUGUUUUCUCCCUUAUUUUCAUUACAUAUAUUCAAAGUAAAAUGCCUUAUUUAGCUAGUGCUUUUUAUAUAGACAUUUUGUUACAUCUCCAUAUUGGAAAUUAUAUAUCAAAGUAUUUGUGUUUGUUCUUUCCUCGGUUGCCCUUCGGUUGUAUGCAUACAUGGCCUUGGUGGAUGUGCAUUACCACAAAGAAACGUAACAGUUGUACAGUGGUACCACAGUUCAAACCAGUUCCCAGUUGCAGGGGGAUAAUUAAAACACUGUUCACGUGACCUAUUCUUUUAAUCAGUCAGUCAGCCCUCGAAGCACAAAGAGAGAAAAAAAAGAAACGACUGUUUCUUACCAGUGCCUCUGAAAUUAGCUUUGUUUCAAGCCACAUCAGUUUUUUGCGCUUCACUCCUGCGGUGCACCGAUGACACCGCUCCUAUAAAACGAGCUCAUCCACAGGGAAGUAUCUGGGGUAACGGAGCCAUCCCUGGUUUUUGGGAUAUCACUGUUUGCAGAUGACAUGACGCUAUUCGUUAGUGCAGACCGGUUCAGUUCAACCCAGUCCAGCCUCCCGAGCGUCCUCUCCGUGGCCUGCAGGCCUUCGGUUCAGCUGUCAGCACCUCCGGGGUGGCGAUGUGCACAUCACACGUAUGCAACAUGAGGAUCUGAUUGUCCAGAAUUCGUCUUGUGUCUUCGGGUUAGCGACAACCUCUCAGAAGGGUGAAAUGAUUUUUAUUAUAAAACUAAUGUAUGUGUAAGGUGUAAUGAGAAAAAAAACUCAAAUUCCCACAGACCCACUGCCCGUUCACACAUGACUUCCUGUCACUGUCUCUCGUGUGUAAAAACUUGAAAACCAACUGAGGGGUGCAGUAUGCGACCGCAGUCAAAGGUCAACGACAAAGAUGGUUUGUUGUCUGUUCAUGUCCCACAUGGCUUUUUUUUUUCUUUCUCCUCAAUGUGUGUAAUGUUGCUUUGCAUUCUGUUAGAACUCCUUUUUGGUAUAUGUAAAUGUUCUGAAGAAGGGUCACCUCACUUUAAACUCAUGAAUAAUGUAAGCGUUUAUCUCUUGUCAUAAAUGAUGUAUUUAUUGUACAGUUCUCGUCUUGGCAACGUUGGUUCAUGAUUGUCUAACGGCAGGCUUGUCGCUCUGGAUUCUUUCCAGAACGAAGAUGGCAGUUUGGUUCACAUGGAGUUUACCAGACCCUUUUCUGUUCAACCCUCAUCGACUCACGACGUCUUUUAGAUCAUGUUCUCCAUUAGCACGGGGCCACCAGUUGUAAUAGAAAGUCAAGUACCCUGCUUCAAAAUCCAGAUAGGAAGAAGUUGUUCCCUGCUGACAGAGAUGGGGAGUCUGUGCUCGGCAUGCCAUAGGUACAGAAUGGUCAGGAAGAGAGAGAGAGAGAGUUUUUACUCCCAACCCCUUGUGGUAAGAGCAGGAUUCAGAAGCAUUAGUUUGCUCUGGAGUUGCAUCACAUUUAAAGGGACGCUGCGGAUUCUCCUUCAAAAGACACAUUUGUGUUCUUUCCCCCAGUUUGUGACAGAUGACAUUAGCUUCAGGAGCUCUCCGUCCUGUCCCAUAGCAGAAGGCUGAACCAAGAAAUUGCACCAAAUCUCAAAUUGUUGUGUCACAAAAGUUCAUGGCUGUAAAGUGUUGCCUCAAGAGGUAAAAAGAGACGAUAAUCGGCAAAGUGCAUUUUGUCCUGAUGUCACAGACACCACGGCGGUUUGGUGAUAGAACAAUAACAAUACUGCGUUCAAUUAAUUUCCCGUUUUUUUGUUUAUUUUUUUUCCUCUUCAUGCAAGAAUUAGGUUUUCCUUUGGUCUCGGUGUAGUUCAACAACUGGCUGAACCCGGAGAGUAAAAUUUAACCUCCUAGAAAUGGCCAGAUAAGCAUACAGAGGAAAUCCCACCAAUGCUAAAUAAGAGAGCAUAGCUGGCUGCCCUGAAAGUCUAAAUGCUGAAUGGAGUAAUCAAGACAAAGGUGUUUUUGAUUCUGACGUUUUUGGCCGUGUUUCCUCUACAGAGGGUUCGGGAAGCGUUUCUCCAUAAACACUAAACCAUGUUCACCUAGAAGCUGGCCAUCGAGCCUGUUUUCCAAUGGGAAUGCUGACCAUGCGCGUGACCGUGAGAUUUCUAAAUGUCCAGAGCUGAAAGACAGACAGAAACACAUCAUACUACCAGUACAAGAGUGUAAAGAUCUGGUGGGAGCAGUCAGAGCAACUGGAAGAGACAGCCGCUAAAAGUAUGGGGUGAACUUAAAAUGGAGAAAUGAAUUAAGCAUGUCAAGCCUGUCUCAGUGUCUGUGAAGCCACCCGGUCAUGGAUCGGUUGAGCGGUGUAGGACUUGCCCUCUGACCCGUUCAAUGUGUUUCACGUGGGAUCACAAUUCACACAGUUGUAUUUUCAUUUUCAAACGUGGAGCAAUGACAGCAGCUGGCUGGCCUGGAAGUCAAAACCCGACAUGGUCAUUAAUGAUAUCCGAUGUGUGGUGGGGCUUAAAUAUUCUCUUUAUUUUGUAUUUUUGUUUUGUUUUUGUAAAUUUUACCUCUCUGUAUUCCCAUGUGGACCAAUCUCAUGAUUCAGAACAUGGUAUGUGUGAUCUUUUAUUGUGCAAUAAAAGAUGACUUUCAA